AAAGUCUGUCUGUUUUAAGUCAUAUUUAAUUUCAACUAGGAAGAGGGAAGAAGGAAAGAGAGAGAGAGAAGGGUGUGAUUUGGUCCAGGAAUCUGCUUCCUUGUGGUAUUGGGUCCCUCCCGUUUUGCCCAUUUUUCCCAAAGGCGACCGCCAUUAAUGAGUAAAUCAAGCUCUGCAACUCCACCUCCAUCGGCAAAACCCUCAUGGGUCCUCCCUUAUCGGACCCAACCCCUCACCGAUUUCUACACCCUUGGCAAAAAGCUGGGCCAAGGUCAAUUUGGCACAACUUUUCUUUGCACUGACAAACAAACUGGAUUCAAUUAUGCUUGUAAGACCAUCCCCAAGCGGAAGCUUCUUUGCAAAGAGGACUAUGAGGAUGUUUGGAGGGAGAUUCAGAUAAUGCACCAUUUGUCUGAGCAUCCCAAUAUUGUCAGAAUCAAGGGCACUUAUGAAGAUCCUGUCUCUGUUCAUUUGGUAAUGGAGCUUUGUGAGGGUGGAGAGCUGUUUGAUAGGAUCGUUCAAAAGGGGCAGUACAGUGAGAGAGAAGCGGCUAAGCUUAUAGGGGUUAUUGUGAGUGUGUUGGAGUCUUGUCAUUCGCUUGGAGUUAUGCAUAGAGACCUUAAACCUGAGAACUUUCUAUUUCAAAGUGUGGAUGAGGAUGCUGCUCUUAAGGCCACUGAUUUUGGCCUCUCUGUCUUCUACAAGCCAGGGGAGACUUUUUCUGACGUUGUCGGUAGUCCGUACUACGUUGCACCAGAUGUGCUACGCAAGCAUUAUGGACCCGAAUCUGAUGUUUGGAGUGCAGGAGUUAUCUUAUAUAUCCUAUUAAGUGGGGUACCUCCAUUUUGGGCAGAAACAGAAAUAGGGAUCUUCAGACAAAUAUUACAAGGACGACUGGAUUUUGAAUCAGAGCCAUGGCCUGGUAUCUCAGCAAGUGCAAAGGAUCUCAUACGAAAAAUGCUUGACAGAAAUCCAAAGCGAAGGCUAACUGCUCAUGAAGUCCUCUGUCAUCCAUGGAUUGUAGAUGACAAAGUUGCACCUGAUAAACCUCUGGACUCGGCAGUAUUAUCACGCUUGAAACAAUUCUCUGCUAUGAAUAAGCUAAAGAAGAUGGCUCUAAGAGUAAUUGCUGAAAGGCUUUCUGAAGAAGAAAUCGGGGGUCUGAAAGAGUUGUUCAAGAUGAUAGACACAGACAACAGUGGAACAAUAACGUUUGACGAACUAAAAGAAGGCUUAAAACGUGUAGGCUCUGAACUUAUGGAGUCUGAGAUUAAGGAUUUGAUGGAUGCAGCAGACAUUGACAACAGUGGAACAAUAGACUAUGGUGAAUUUCUUGCUGCUACAAUUCAUCUGAAUAAGCUAGAGCGGGAAGAGAAUUUGUUGUCAGCCUUCUCAUAUUUUGAUAAGGAUGGUAGUGGUUUCAUAACCAUCGAUGAGCUUCAACUAGCUUGCAAAGAGUUCGGCUUGAGUGAACUGCAUCUUGAUGAUAUGAUUAGUGAAAUCGACGAAGACAAUGAUGGACGUAUUGAUUAUGGGGAAUUCGCAGCAAUGAUGAGAAAAGGCAAUGGAGGAGUUGGAAGGAGGACGAUGAGAGGGCCGAUGAAUUUAGGAGAUGCUCUCGGGUUGUCAGCAAGUGCCAACAACCAAUCUAUCGAAAAUCCUACCUGAGAUGCUUAUAUAUCUUAUUUGUGUAUCUUGGAAUUCUUCAACACAAAAAGCUUUGGUCCUAUUUAUGGUUCCAUAAACUUUUCUAAAAAAACAAAAACUAGGCGUCCUUACUGUGCUAAAUCUCAUUUGAGAAACAGACAUUUAAAUGGAAGACAUCAGAUGAAAUUAUUUCAGCAAAAACAGAUUAUACGAAUUAA